AUGAUCUUUAAUAAAAAUAUGUUGAUUGCAGCUGCUGUUGCCCUUGUAGCUUCAAACGGUGCUGCCAUGGCACAAUCUUCCGCCGCUGCUACUACUCCCGGUGCUGCCGAACCUGUCUAUGCUGUUCCCAACUCCAAGAUUGCCUGGAAGGAAUCUUAUCCUUCUGGUGCCUCCAAGCCUGUUCCCAAGGCUGAAUGGUUGGCUUUGGUCAAGGAAGACCCUCUCUUGAAGGUCUCUCCCAAUGUUCUUACUGUUGACGGUAUCAUCCAAAAUGCUGAUCCUACUGGCAAGAAUACUCACUGCAACUGGACCUGGGAUGGUUGUGUCAAGCCUACUGAUAUCGUCCACUGUACUGACAAGACUAUUUGGGGAACCAGUUUCGACGAUGGACCAUACGAAGUUACACGUGAACUCUUGGCCUUCUUGAAGACCCUUGAUGUCAAGGUCACUUUCUUUGUUGUUGGUAAGCAAGUUAUUGCCUGGCCCGAGAUUCUCAAGGAAGCCUAUGAUCAAGGUCAUGAAAUCGGUAUUCACACUUGGUCUCACGCUGAAUUAACCACCAUCUCCAACGAAAUGAUCAUUGGUGAAUUGAAGUGGACUGAAACUGCUAUUAAGGAAGUACUUGGUGUUACUCCUCGUUUGAUGCGUCCUCCUCGUGGUGACCUUGAUGAUCGUGUCCGCUACAUUGUAAGCCAACUGGGUUAUACUCCUGCCAUGUGGUCUGUCGAUUCUCAAGAUUGGAGAAUUACUGCUGGUGGUCAAACUGAACCUGGUCUUUUAGCAAAUGUCACUCAAUGGGCCAAGACCGCUGCUUCCUUGACUCAAGGUGGCAACUCUUUGAUGCAUGAUUUGAACAACAUUACUGUUGGUGCUGCCAUUAAGGCCCUGCCCAUCUUGCACCCUCACGUGAAGUUAAGCCCUGUUGGUGUUUGUGCAGGCUGGAAAAACGCCUCUUAUCUCGAAUCCCCUGGAACUGCUGCCGCUUCUCCUUCUGCCUCUUCCGCUGCUGUGUCUCCUGCAGCCACCUCUGUUGCAAAUACUGCUACCUACAAUCCCACUGCAACUGCUGCCCCUGCAGCAAAGAAGGUUGCGGAGAGUGGUGCUGCUAGCUUCCAAAACCCCAUUGUCUACACAACCGUUGCUGUUGCUCUCACUGCAUUAAUUUCCAACAUGUUUUAA